AUGUCGUCUUCAUCUUCUGUAGGAAGCAGAAGUUCAAAUCGAAGAGUGAUGAAUCGACUGAGAAGCAGGUGCUUUUGCGGUGAUCCCGUUGGAAAAUGGACUUUGUGGACUCCCUUUAACCUAGGAAGAAGGUUUAUAGGUUGCCCAAAUUACCAGGAUGCACUUAAAGACUACAAGUUCUUCCAAUGGGUGGAUCCUCCUCUACCAAAUCAGUGGUAUGCAAAUCUCUUACUAGAAUUUCAGAACAAUGUUAAUUUGGAGAACAAUACAAUUUUCAGGGACUAUGGACAACAAGUUGAAGGGAACUUUUUUGAGGACAUUGUGGAACAACUAGUGGCACAACCACUAGUGGCAAAUCAACCCAUGGAAGGAGUGACCAUUCAAGUCCAGAAUGGAGAAGAAGGUGGAAAAUGGAAAUCUUUUUUUUAUGUGUUCAUGGUUUCUUUUGUUUUUGUGUUGGUGAUGUUGAAGGAUUUGUAG